AUGUAUUGGUUCAGUACUUUAUUCUCAAAUUGUGAAUCCUUCUUCCACGUUAGGCACCUCAGCAACGAGCACGCACUUGACGAUCGCAGCACAGCCCAGUGUCGGGUUCAGAUGCAAGUUGUACAACAACUAGAAAUUCAGUUGUCCAAGGAGAGUGAACGCCUCCAGGCCAUGAUGGCUCACCUACACAUGAGGCCUUCAGACCCAAAGCCUUUCGCACAGCCUCUGAACCUGGUGUCGAAUGUCACACUUUCCAAGACCUCUUCAGACACUUUCCCAGAAAGUUUACCUCACACGCCAACGUCAGCCGCUACACCAAUCACCCCUGGGCGACAGGCCCCCUCGGUCAUUAGCUCAGCGAGUUUACACAAUAUGGGAGCAAUCCGGAGGAGGCAUUCGGAUAAAUACUGCAUGCCGUUAUCUUCAGAACUUGCUCAGAACCAUGAAUUUUAUAAGAAUGCAGAUGUUCGACCUCCUUUUACGUAUGCAUCCCUCAUCCGGCAGGCAAUUUUGGAAGCGCCCGACAGACAGUUAACACUCAAUGAAAUUUAUAACUGGUUCACAAGAAUGUUUGCGUACUUCCGCAGAAACACAGCUACAUGGAAGAACGCCGUGCGACACAACCUCAGCCUUCACAAGUGUUUUGUACGAGUGGAGAAUGUGAAAGGGGCAGUUUGGACAGUGGAUGAAGUGGAGUACCAAAAGCGCAGGCCACCAAAGAUGACCGGAAGUCCGACUCUAGUGAAGAAUGUGAUUACAGGACUUGGAUAUGGAGGAGCACUUAACCCCAGCUAUCAGGCAGCUUUGGCUGAAAGCAACAUGCAGCUACUCAACAGUCCGAGCUUAAUGAACCCAUCAGGUAGCAGCUUGAUGCAUGUAGCUCACGAUGAUGUCAGCAGCACUGUGGAGCAAGUGAACAGUAAUGGAAGCAGCAGUCCUGGACUCUCCCCUCAACAGCACGGGCACCAGGUCCACAUCAAGGAGGAGCCUGCAGAGUUGGAGGAAGACGAUCCAUCUGUCUCGAUUAUUGCAACAGCCAAUGUGAAUUCGGAAAUGCAGGAUGCGAGAGAGAUGGAGGAGGAGCUAACAGCAGAGGAAUUGGAAUAAAAUGGAACUCAAGCACUUCAACUUAUUAAAAAAAAACAAAAAAACAGGGUCAGACCUCAUAACCUGCACAUCCAUCAGAACAGCAUCUCCUGCGCUAACUCACCUGGGACCGAGAGAUCAAAGCAAGGAGCACGUUCCCUCAAAUACCAACAGAUACUUGAAAACUCUAAUGGCAGCUUUAAUUAGCCAUUAACAAUGGAGCAUGGACACAACCAAUUUUUUUGGUGUAGAGAAAAUGGCUCCAACUUAUCAAAGCAAGACUGGUGACCAUUUUAUUAACUUUCUUCCCAAAUGUUUUGUCGCUAAAACAGAGAUGGUUAUUAGUCUUCUGGACUGCCAGGUAUUUACACACAGCUGCAAUGUGAAUAAGUAUGUAUUCACUGCUAGGGCCCCAAACAGACUUUUACAACCUGCUUUAAAGGUACCUCAAUUUGAAUUUUUUUCUAUCCAAUGCUGUAGAUAGCUCAACAGGCACAUUGUAUUCAAGCACGAGAGCAACAGCGGAACUGUUUCUGGGAUAUCAGAUCCGUCUCACAGGCGUUGACAUCUGAAGAAAUCCAGAUGAAAGAUCCAUCUAUGACAGUGUUAACUUGUCUUUAAACUCUCACUGCUAUUUUAAUUUUUCUGUUCAUAUCUGGG